GGGGCUAUCGCUCAUUCGAGAUUUGCUGUCGAACCGACUUGGUGCAGUCGCUCCGCGGAUCCGAGAUCGCGGUUAAUCGGGGGAAUCGAGAGAGGCGGCUAGUUGGCGCGACUUUAGAGGCAGUGCAUCGAGUAUACGGAGCGUAAAACACCGACUAUAACCGACAUCGACACAGUGAAGCCACAGAUUCGUAAACAAUCCCAGUAACGCCGAUUCGUGCGAGUACCCAACCGACCACCAGACAUGCUGUAGCCACCAGACAGGAUGCUCUGAAGUGACUCGAAUAUGGACCUUGAUUUCUUCGAACUCUCUCCCCAAGAUCUGGAUGACAUAAACAGCGAUGGCAUGGACCAUCUGGAUCUGCUGGUGCAGGGGGCCUUCGACGAUGGCAUCCAGCUAGGCCACAAUGGCCACCUGUCCGGAGGGGGAGUGCACUCCCACAUGGAGUCGCCGCACACGUCGCCCAUGAACGGCUUGGAUGCCCACCUGACCAACUCCGGCCGCGUGGGCAGCACGCCUGUGGCGGCGCAGGCCCAGAGCCACGUGCAUCCGCAGCUGCCGGAGAGUCCGCCGGACUCGCAGCCCGCCUACAGUCCGCUGGGCGAGGCCCACGGCAUGGCGAUGCCGCUCCAGCGAGAGCUGAUCUAUCCGGGUCUGGCGCCCAUGCAGCACCAGGCCAACAUGCUGCAGACGGAUCUGGGUCAGUACGCCUCCCCUCCGCAGCAGCAACACCACUUUGCAGCUCCGCAGGCCGAUGUGCGGAUCAAGCACGAGUCCGAGCUCAUCAUCAACCCGAGCAACUUGCUCGGCCAGCAGCAACAGCAGCAGCAGCAGAUGCAGCAUCAGCAGCAGCAGCUCAACGAGCAGAUGUUUGCCCAGCACCACCAGCAGCACCAGGACGGCAUCCUCCAGGACCAGAUGCUCUACUACGACAAUGGAGCCGGGGCGGGGAUGUACGCGACCGGCAGCUACCAGAACUUGUCCACCUGCACCCUGACCUCCGCCCUGGGACUGGGCGAUCGCGUCCAGGUGAUCGGCACCAGCCAGUUGUCCCUGAACCGCGUGUCCGCUCCCUCGACGCCCGUGCACUCCUUGUCGCGCAAGCGCAAGAUGUCCACGCAGCUGGAUUGCCCGGAGUUCCCCAGUGCUCCCAAAGUGGAUGCGGGCCUGCAGAUGAGUCCCCUGCGCGCCUCUCACCACUCGCUGGCCACGCCCACCCCGGCGCCCUCCCACUGCUCCGCCUCCGUCUCGCCAGCCCUGUCCGCCGUGAACUCCCAGGCGGACAACAGUCUGGACGGACAGCCAGGCGGCGUGGUCACAGGCUCCGGUUCCGGUUCGGGAUCAGGUUCCGGCUCGGGCAGCGAGGCGGGCGACCCGGCGGGGGGCCAGUGCAUCCGGUUCAACGCCUUCCAGCCGGAGAACUGGCAUAAGCUGUUCGACCAGAGCCUCCAGGAGCUGUCUGUGAUCUACUACCGCGUGGACGCGGACAAGGGCUUCAACUUCAGCGUCUCGGACGACGCGUACGUGUGCCAGAAGAAGAACCACUUCCAGGUUACUUGCCAUGCGCGCCUCCAGGGCGAUGCCAAAUUCGUGAAGACACCGUCCGGCUUCGAGAAAAUCAAAUCCUUCCACUUGCAUUUCUACGGCGUCAAGUUCGAGGCGCCCAACCAGACGAUCCGCGUGGAGCAGAGCCAGUCGGAUCGCUCCAAGAAGGCGUUCCAUCCCGUUCCCAUCGAUCUCCAGAAGCACAUCGUCAGCAAGAUCACCGUGGGUCGUCUGCACUUCUCGGAGACGACGAACAACAACAUGCGCAAGAAGGGUCGUCCCAAUCCGGAGCAGCGCUUCUUCCAGCUGGUGGUGGGUCUGCACGUGCACACGAUCUCCGGGAACUUCCCGGUGGUGAGUCACGGCAGCGAGAAGAUCAUCGUGCGGGCCUCCAAUCCGGGUCAGUUCGAGUCCGACGUGGAUCUGUGCUGGCAGCGGGGUCUGACCCCAGAGUCGGUCUUCCACACGGGCCGCGUGGGCAUCAACACGGACCGCCCGGACGAGAGCCUGGUGGUCCACGGCAACCUCAAGGUGUCCGGCCACAUUGUCCAGCCGAGCGACAGUCGCGCCAAGCAAGAGAUCGGCGAACUGGACACCUCCGUGCAGCUGCGCAACCUGCAGAAGAUCCGGAUAGUGCGCUACCGCUACAUGCCGGAGUUCGCCGUGCACUCGGGUCUCCGGCGGGAGAGCGACACCCGGGAGAUAGAGGACACCGGCGUGAUUGCGCAGGAGGUGCGCGAGGUGAUCCCGGACGCGGUGCAAGAGGCUGGCAGCGUGGUGCUGCCCAAUGGAAACGUGAUCGAGAAAUUUCUGCUGGUCAACAAGGACCGCAUCCUGAUGGAGAACAUCGGAGCCGUCAAGGAGCUGUGCAAGGUGACCUGCUCGCUGGAGACGCGCAUCGAACACCUGGAGCGCGCCAACAUUGGCCAAAACAGCCAGCAACUGCGUGCCAAGGAUCUGCUCGAGCCGCGCUGCAUCCUGCCGGAGCGAGCAGCCAUCACGUCCUACGGCAGUCGGCGGGACGGCUACGAGGUCUGCUCCAGCCGCUCCCUACAGAUCGUCAUCUUCCUGCUGAUCAUCGUGAUGGCAGCCUGCCUCGCAGCGGUGUCCACUCUGUACUUCGUGGAACACAACAAGCAGCAGCAGGCUGACGGAUUCUUUGGCGCCGGGAUGUUUCGCCAGGAGGCGGGUCCGACGCACCUGAGCGACGAGGAGCGCCACUACUUCCACAACCUGCACACGCUGUUCAAGAACAAGACGCACGGACCCUGGCCAAUGCGUCAAAUGUACGCCACCAGCACCUCGCGUCCGCCCGGAUCCCGCCUAGCCGAGGAGGAGGCGGAGGACCUGGCGGCGGUGCUGACCAAGCCACAGGUGUCCUCCGGCCAGCAGCACCUGAGUCUCAAGCACGGGGUCAUCACGACGACGGCACCGCGAUUCAGCAACAAGACCAUCAGUAGCAAGAAGGGCAAGUGGCCGCCCACCCAGGAGGUGCUGCGUCAGGCGGCGGGUCAGAAGCUGCACCUACCUCAGCCGGUACAUGUGGUUCCCGCUGCUCCAGCGAAGGUUUCUCCAGCUGCCCUGAACGACACAGUGGCCUCCACGGAGAAGCCACCCCAGGCCAUUCCUCUGCCUCAGGACUUCGAGAACAACUCCAUUGACAUCGAUGCCCAACAGAAGCAGUCCCAGCUGAAACUGGACGAGCACAUCGUGGUAGUGGGCACUAUCGCCAGUCCCGCCUCCGAUGCCUACGAGUCCAACUCCCCAUCUGUCGCCGCUCAUCCCAUUCGCAAAUUCAAUCCUGGAACCGUCUACACCCACGUCUACAAGACCGUAUCGCCCCCAACGGCCAACCUGGCUCUGACCACCAACAAGGUGAGCACCGAGCCCGCACAGAGUCCACUAGCCCAAGCUCUGGACGUGCCGCCCCCGGCUCUUCCCGUGAGAAACAGCAGCGACAACCCCGAUGCCCUGGACCUGCAGAACCUGAGCAACACCAACGAGUCCGUGGACAAUCCCAUCACCCAGGUGUUCGGGUUCGAGUACCAGGAGUCGGGCCUGCGGGAGUCCAAUCUGGGCAGGCGAUCUGCCAAUCAGAGGAGUCUGGAGUGGAUCAGACAGAAGAACAUCAAGACGGGCAUCUUCGGACAGCCGGCGGAGUGCAAUGGGGAUGAGUCGGUUAGCGACAAUUGUCAGUCCGUUUGCUUCGAGGAACUGCCGCCGACUCAUCCUCAGCCAGACAACGUGGAUGCCAAUGUGAAGGAGCAGCACGUGGAGGACGAUCUGCAGUCAGCAGAGGAGCAGGAGCACGACCCGGACAUCGUAGAGACCCUACCCGCUGCCUCAAUAGGCAAUGAGACCUCCGCCGCGCUAGAGGACCAGCCAGGAUUCCUGGGCAAGAGCUCACACGGCACCGACGCCCUGACCAAGAAGUUCCCCCAGCAGACCGAACCGGUGGUCGCAGCCAAGGACGAUCCUGUCUAUCGCCUGCUGCAGUCCGCCUCUGGGCAGGAUCAGGGGCCGAAGACCGACGAGUCCGUGCUGCCGCCCUUCCAGCUGGACUGCUGGAGUGUGGCCAGUUGCGUGCUGGCGGCCCAGUACAACCACACCAUUGACGUGGAGCAGUUCUGUCCCACCUCGGGCAGUUCCCUCAAUGUCAGCUAUGUGGUUCCGGUGUCGCGCUACCUGCAGGCCAGUAGUCUGGAGCUCCAUCUGAGCUCCAACAAGCCGCUGCAGUGGUCCAUCUGCGUAGAUGAGGAUCAGGCCAAGCCGAGUGCCAACGCCCAGCUGAACGAGGACGACGAGGCCGAGACCACCAGCGGAGUGAAGAUCCUCAAGCAGCAGGGCAAGAACAAACUGAGCCUGGCCCUGGAUCUUCCCGCCCGCGGCUACUUCCUACGGGAGUUUAUGCUCCGCGCCAGCCACGACCUGGAGCAGCAAAAACUGUGCGACGACAACGCUCACCCGGCAAACCCCAUACUCCAGUACAACUUUAGGAUCGUAAGAGAUUGUGAUUAGUUUACAGCUUAAUUUAUGGCACGGACCGAAUCUGAACUCCAAAACCAUGUGCGAGAGCAGCACGUUUCGAUGUUGCGGAUGUGUCCUGGCACCCGGCGCGGAAACAUCGUUUGAAUUAGGAAAAUUCAAAAAUUAAAUAAUCAAAUACUGUUGAUCAGCGAGCGGAAGUUGAAAAAGCAUACAUUUAUACGUAUAGACAACAAAUCAUCAAUAAAUGCAAAAAAAAAAAAAAAACAA